AUGGUUCUCGAGGCGGUCAUGGUUGUCGUUGACAACAGCGAGAGCAGCCGGAACGGAGACUACCAGCCCACGCGAUUCGAUUCACAAGUGGACGCCGUAAAUGUCCUGUUCCAGAGCAUCACGCAGGGCAAUCCCGAGUCCUCUGUUGGCCUUAUGAGCAUGGGAGGCAAGGGACCCGAGGUUCUCGUCACCCUGACGACAGAGCAAGGCAAGAUCCUCGAGGGCCUGCACCGCACAAAGAAGAAGAUUGGCGGCUCUUCGCAUCUCAAGACGGGCAUCCAAGUUGCUACCCUUGCCUUGAAGCACCGACAGAACCGAUCGCAACGCCAGCGCAUAAUAGUCUUUGUUUGCUCACCGAUCGAAGAGACCGAUAAGGAACUCAAGACCCUGGCCAAGAAGAUGAAGAAGGGCAACAUCUCCGUCGAUUUUAUCCUGUUCGGCGAUCUUGACGACGAUGAGACAAAGACAAAGCUCGAGAAGUUCAACGAGGAGGUCAAAGGCAGCGAGGGCUCCCACUUUGUCGUCAUCCCCCCGAGCAGUAAGUUGCUCAGUGACCAGCUUGUGUCCAGCCCCAUUCUGCUUGGCGAGAACUCGUCCAGCGGCGGCGGCGGCGGUGGCGGCGGUAUGGGCGGUGGGAACGAAGAGUUUGAGUUUGGCUUCGACCCUGCGCUGGAGCCGGAGCUGGCGCUUGCCCUUCGCAUGAGUAUGGAGGAGGAAAAGGCGAGACAAGAAAAGCGUGCGCGCGAGGAGCAAGAGGCUGCGACCAGGGCUUCGCUGGAGGGCGUCGCAGAGGAAGGCGAAGGCAGCGGAAGCAAGAAGGAUAAGAAGGACGACGGCGACAAGAUGGAUACGACCUGA